AUGCCUUUUGGCCUGAAGAACGCUGAGGCGACAUACCAGAGAUUGGUGAAUCAGAUGUUUGCCAAACAAAUUGGUCAAACAAUAAAAGUUUAUGUUGAUGACAUGCUCAUCAAAAGCGUCAGAGCAUUUGACCAUCUUUCAGACCUGGAAGAGACGUUUUCGAUACUCCGGGAGUAUCGCAUGAAGCUGAACUCGGCCAAAUGUGUCUUCGAAGGUCAGGCUGUUGCAGAGUUCAUAACUGAAUUCACCGUCUCGAGUGACGAUGCCAAAACAGAAGCAGCCUCAGCGACCCCACCAGUUCCAUCCCCUACCAAGGAUCUGGAGUCGGAGCGGAGGUGGGUCCUUUAUGUCAACAGGUCUUCCAACGCCAAGCAAGCUGCGGUGGGAAUCGUCAUGGUCGUGCCCGACUCUACAACUAUCCAAUAUGCCAUCAGGCUCGGUUUCAGAUCCUCCAAUAAUGAAGCAAAAUAUGAAGCUUUGUUGAUAAGACUCGGACUAGCGGCUCGUCUGGGGGUUCAGACCCUCGAAGUACAAUGUGAUUCUCAACUUGUGGUGAACCAUAUUUUCACCGAAUAUGAAGCCAAGGAAGCUAAGAUGGUGGCCUAUCUGGCCGAAGCCCAGAAGUUGAUCGAAAGGUUCUGGAGCUGCACCAUCAACCAGAUUCUGAGGGUAGAGAAUUCUUGGGCCGACACCCUCUAA